CCCCCCGCCCCGACCAGUCCUCGCUGCCGCUGCGCGGGGGGGGCCUGCCCCGAGCGGGGAAGGAGCCGUGGCCGUGAGGCUGGCCGCAGCUGCGUUACCCCUUCGAGACUGAAAAUACUGUUGAGAAAACAACAAAAUGAGUAGUCGUCGAAAACGUGCACCUCCAUCAAAAAUAGAUGAGGAGAAGAAGAAACAGCUCUGUUGGAAUAUGCAUGAAGACAGGAGAAAUGAGGUGAUAACAUUAGAUGAUGAAAUGACUAAUGAGGACCAUGUCCCAGGUCCAAGCACUUCUUCUGCGUCCUUCAUUGUUAUAAAUGAUGAUAGCACUGAUGAUCUCAUUCCAAAAGAAGGCAGUGGCUCAAAAUCUGUUAAGUUUUUGACAGUUAACGAUGAAGAUGACUCUUACUCCAUCCUGACUCCUGUGUCAGUACAGCUAAAUAUUAUAGUCUUGCCAUACCGUGCGGAUGGGUCCUGGAAAGCUUUGUUGGGAGAAUUUGCUCUUCAUCUUCCUUCUGAGCAAAUUCUAACUGAUGAAUUCCAUGAAAGGAGUUUUACUUUGAUGAGAAGAGACUCUGAUGAUCAGCUGCAGGUCUGUGUUCAUGAAAGAAGUGAAGAAGAGUACAGUAAUGAAACAAAAGAAUACGUGGGUGCUUAUGAACAAUGUAUUUUGGUGGAACCAACUUUAGGUGGUGAAAUAUUGGAAGGCUUGAGGUGGUUGCAAAAGAAAAAGAUAAUUGGACUUUAUCAAAGACCUGGAGAGGCUCAAACUUUAAAGGUUGGAAUUUACCUUCUGGAAGCUGGGCUAAGUAAACCAGAGUUUCUCAGUGAUGGAGGUGGAAGACCCAAAAAAGCUAAUCAGCUGAUUCAAAAACUCAUGGAAAAGUUCUAUAGUUUUUUAAUUCCAGAAGCCAUGCAACCAUCUCGGGUUCAGAAAGGAGCUGUGUUGCCAACUGAGGAGCUGGAGGAAGAUGAGGAAGAAUCUGACACAGAACUAGAGCGACAAAAUAUUGAAGAGCUUUAUGACUUUGUAAGGCACACCCAUCAGCAGGAUAUCCAGUUACUGAGAGAGGAUGUGCAGCAUCCUGCAUUAAUUCCUAUUCUGAGGCCGUACCAAAGUGAGGCUGUGAACUGGAUGCUUCACCGAGAGAACCUCACAAGCACUCCAAGCAGUGAAAAUGCACUGCACUUCCUAUGGCGGGAGGUUAUCACUCUGGAUGGAGUAAAAAUCUACUAUAAUCCAUUUACUGGCUGUAUUAUCCGUGAAUAUCCGAUUGCUGGACCCCAGUGGCCUGGAGGUAUUUUGGCAGAUGAGAUGGGUCUUGGAAAAACAGUAGAAGUGUUGGCUCUUAUUCUGACUCAUACCCGACCAGACAUUAAACAAGAUGAUCUGACAUUACCUGAGGGUAAGCUCGUGAACUUCUUUGUUCCACCUCAACCUUUAGAAGGAAAUACAAAGAAAAAAACAAGGGAAAUAGAGCUUAAAUUGAAGGAAAAAAUACAAUAUCCCAGCUUACGAGUGAUGAUAUUAGCAGCUGUAAAGGAAAUGAAUGUGAAGAAAGGAGCAUCCAUUAUUGCAAUAUUUAAGUACAUCAGUGCUAUAUAUAGGUAUGACAUACAGAGAAAUAGACGGCUUCUCAAAAGAACUCUAGAAAAACUUAUUGCAGAACAAGUUGUAGAGCAAGUCAAAGGACAUGGUCUGGCUGGGUCUUUCAAGCUGGGAAAGAAUUACAAGGAACAGAAGAGGCGAGAAAGAACCAAGGAGCAGAUAGCAAGGACUUCAGAAAACAUUCAGAAGAAGCAGUUGAUGGAUGCUAAAACUCAAACCAAAGAAUCAAGAAAUAGUGAUGUCACUUCUGAAAAUGUCCUUAAAACCCCUUCACGGGUGGAUAUCACCAUGGAAGAACAUGAUUAUUGUACAACUACCAAAACUAACUGGAAACCUGAAGCUGAUCAUGAGAACUCUGUAAAAGAGAAUAACGUUCAGCAGGAAGCUGUGGUCCCAAAGUCUCCUGAUCUGCAUGGCAGCCUCCUUGUCUCCAGUGACAUGAGCAAUCAUCCUGAUUUUGAUGUUUCUAAAACUACAGCUGAUGUCCAGCAGGAAGUCCCAAAGGACCAGUCCUCACAUUCCCAAGAACAUGCCAGCAGUAGCGUACAACAUACCAGUUCUGUAUUUCCGUUUAAUACCUCUGAAUAUCGUUUCGAAUGCAUCUGUGGUGAGCUUGGAUUGGCUGACUAUAAAGCUCGUGUGCAGUGCCUGAAAUGUUACUUAUGGCAGCAUGCAGAAUGUGUAAACUACAAAGAGGAGAACCUGAAGAUCAAACCCUUCUACUGUCCCCAUUGUCUUGUGGCAAUGAAACCGGUUUCCACAGGAGCAACUCUGAUAAUUUCUCCGAGUUCUAUUUGUCAUCAGUGGGUAGAUGAGAUCAACAGGCAUGUAAGAUCAUCUUCUCUUCGAGUUCUGGUAUAUCAAGGUGUGAAGAAGCAUGGAUUUUUGCAGCCACACAUGUUGGCAGAGCAGGAGGUGGUUAUCACCACAUAUGAUGUUCUCCGCACUGAACUGAACUAUGUAGAUAUACCCCACAGUAACAGCGAAGAUGGGCGCCGUUUCAGGAACCAGAAGCGGUACAUGGCCAUCCCAAGCCCCUUAGUAGCAGUGGAGUGGUGGAGGAUCUGCCUUGAUGAAGCACAAAUGGUUGAAUGCACUACUGCAAAGGCUGCUGAAAUGGCUCUCCGUUUAAGUGGAAUCAAUCGCUGGUGUGUCAGUGGCACUCCUGUGCAGCGAGGAUUAGAAGAUCUGUAUGGAUUAGUCCUUUUUCUUGGAGUUGAUCCUUACUGGGUCAAACAUUGGUGGGACCAACUUUUAUAUCGACCUUACUGUAGGAAAAAUCCCCGGCCUCUCUACAGUCUAAUUGCCAGGAUAAUGUGGAGAUCAGCAAAGAAGGAUGUGAUUGACCAAAUUCAAAUCCCCCCUCAGACAGAAAAUGUACACUGGCUUCAUUUUUCUCCUGUGGAGAGACACUUCUAUCAUCGCCAGCAUGAGGUGUGCUGCCAGGAUGCAUUGGCAAAACUCAGGAAGAUUUCAGACUGGACUCUUAAGCUUAGUAGCCUAGAUAGAAGGACUGUGACUUCUAUUCUGUACCCUUUGCUGCGGCUGAGGCAGGCCUGCUGUCAUCCACAAGCUGUUCGGGGAGAGUUCUUGCCAUUACAGAAAAGUACCAUGACCAUGGAGGAGCUGUUAACAUCUCUGCAGAAGAAAUGUCGAACAGAGUGUGAGGAAGCUCACCGACAGUUGGUGUGUGCUCUUAAUGGCUUAGCUGGUAUCCAUAUCAUUAAAGGAGAAUAUGCAUUGGCUGCAGAGCUGUACAGAGAAGUGUUGCGAUCAUCUGAAGAGCACAAAGAAAAGCUCAAAACAGAUUCCUUGCAAAGACUUCAUUCUACACACAAUUUGAUGGAAUUGUUGUCGGCAAAGCACCCAGGAAUUCCCCCGACUUUGCGUGAUAGCCGACUUGCAGAAGAGGCAGAACAACUUCGACAGCAUUAUAUGAGUAAAUCCAAUGCAGAAGUUGCAGAAGCCCAUCAGGCCUUACAGCCAGUUCUUCAGACCAUUCGGGAGCUCCAGAGAAAGAUACAUUCAGGUUCUCCUUGGUGGUUGGAUGUCAUCCAGACAGCAAUACAGUAUGCCAUUGAUGAGGAGCUUGCUCAACGUGUGCAAAACGAAAUAACCAGCAACUACAAACAGCAGACUAAUAAACUCUCCAUGGCAGAGAAGUUCCGUGACUGCAGAGGCCUUCAAUACCUGCUCACAACCCAGCUGGAGGAAGUGAAGAAGUUCCAGAAGAUUGUAAGAGAAGCAGUGAAAAACUUAGAAGGCCCUCCCUCUAAGCAGGUUAUUGAGGCUGCCACUCUCUGCCAUUUGCGACCUGUUAGACUUCCACUUAACAACUGUGUCUUUUGUAAGGCUGAUGAGUUGUUCACAGAAUACGAGUCGAAGCUCUUUUCUCAUACUGUUAAAGGCCAAAUGGCAAUAUUUGAAGAGAUGAUAGAAGAUGAGGAAGGUCUUGUUGAUGACCGUUUGCCCACCACAAGUAGAGGACUGUGGGCGACCAGUGAAACUGAACGUGCCUUGAAAGCUAUUCUCUCCUUUGCCAAAGCUCACCGAAUGGAUGUUAAGCUAACCGAAGAAGGCAGCAUAUUUCUGGAACUCUUUGAAGCAUGGAAAAAGGAAUAUAAGUUACUUCAUGAAUAUUGGAUGGUACUUAGGGAUCACGUGUCUGCUAUUGAUGAGUUGGCAAUGGCUACAGAACGGCUGAGAGUGCGUCAUCCUGAUGAGCCAAAACCAAAUCCACCAGUUCUCCACAUCAUAGAACCACAUGAGGUAGAGCAAAAUCGAGUGAAACUUUUGAAUGACAAGGCUGUUGCCAAAUCACAGCUUCAGAAGAAAUUAGGACAACUUCUGUAUCUCACUAAUCUGGAGAAAUCUCAGGAUAAAACUACUGGGGGAGUUAACCCAGAACCAUGUCCAAUCUGUGCACGUCAACUGGGAAAACAGUGGGCGGUGCUGACAUGUGGACAUUGUUUUUGUAAUGAGUGUAUAGCUAUCAUCAUAGAACAGUACAGCGUUGGCACCCGCCGGAGCUCAAUUAAAUGUGCCAUUUGCAGGCAGACAACAUCUCAUAAAGAAAUAUCGUAUGUCUUUACUGCAGAAACUGCAAAUCAGGAGGAUGAUAUUCCUGUAAAGGGAAGUCACUCCACCAAAGUGGAAGCUGUGGUCCGAACACUGAAGAGAAUUCAAUUUAAAGAUCCAGGGGCUAAAUCCUUAGUUUUCUCAACGUGGCAAGAUGUGUUGGACAUAAUUUCAAAAGCUUUGUACGACAACAACAUGAUCUUUUCUCAGAUCAAUGGAAUUAGUAAAUUUCAGGAAAAUCUCUCUGCAUUUAAAUAUGAUCCCAACAUCAAUAUUUUGCUGCUGCCUCUUCACACUGGUUCCAAUGGACUAAACAUCAUCGAAGCAACUCACGUUCUGCUCGUGGAACCCAUUCUGAAUCCUGCACAUGAGCUACAGGCUAUUGGCAGAGUACAUCGUAUUGGCCAAACAAAAUCUACCAUUGUUCAUAGAUUCCUGAUAAAAGCAACAAUAGAAGAGAGAAUGCAGACUAUGCUGAAAACUGUAGAUAGAAGCCACACGAGCUCUUCCAUGAAACAGUCAGAAGCCUCAGUUCUGACAGUGGCAGAUUUGGCUGACCUUUUUACAGAGGAAACUGAAGAACUUGAGUAAAAACAUUGGUUUGGCCUAAUAAAAUCAGAAAGUACCUGACCUAAUAAGCACCAGUAUAUAAUCCACUUGAUCUGUCAUUCCUGUAAACAUCAUCUAACAUUUGUCCGUAACAGAGCUAUUGGAAAUCAAAAAGUCUUAAUUGUUACUGUUUUAUUCUGUGGUGAAGUUCUUAGCAGCACACACUUCUGUUAGCACUGGAGAAAACUUGCACUUUGCACAUUAUACAAAAACAUGGAUUUUAUUCCCAAAGAGCGUUUGAGCUGGAUGCUAAAACUGAGAUCUUGGAUCCUUGGUUGAGAGGAUUUUUACCAUCAGGUUUGAUUGAUUGGCUAGUAGCUCAGUCUGAGAGCAAAACUAUGUGGGUGGUUGGGUGGGAAAGGGAAGGAGAAAAACACAAAUCUAACUUUUUUUACUGUACAAAGAAUUGUUAGAAAGAAUGAUUGUAAAUUAAUAUUCUUCUAGAAAGGGCUUGUUAGCAUUUAAUGCAGAGUUACUGAAGGUAUUAUUGGUAACACUUUAAAUGACUAAUCUGUAUUAAUAAUUUGGAUAUUUGUAUUAGGCUUUUAGAUAUUCAUAAAGACUUGUGACAGUUAAAAAUUUCAUUGUUAAUGCUUACUCACUGCAAAAUGUUGAUAAUUAAAUUAUGCUUUUUGUA